AACGUUUUACAAUUUCAGGGUAUGCAAAUGGAGCCACUGGCGACAUAACGGUUGAUCAAUACCAUAAAUACAAGGAGGAUGUGCACCUUAUGGCAGAAAUGGGCUUAGAUGCCUACAGAUUUUCCAUCUCAUGGUCAAGACUAAUACCAAAUGGAAGGGGGCCUGUCAAUCCAAAGGGCCUAAACUAUUACAACAAUCUCAUUAACGAACUAAUCAGCCAUGGAAUGCAACCUCAUGUUACUUUACACAAUUUUGAUCUUCCACAGGCACUUGAAGAUGAAUAUGGAGGAUGGAUUAACCAAAGGAUUGUGAAUGAUUUCACCACUUAUGCUGAAGUGUGCUUCCAAGAAUUUGGAGACAGGGUUUCAUAUUGGACUACUGUGAAUGAGCCCGAUGUGUUUGCAGUUGGAGGUUAUGAUGGAGGGAUUACUCCUCCUAGGCACUGCUCUCCUCCAUUUGGAGUAAACUGCACAAGAGGAAACUCCUCAUCCGAGCCCUACAUAGCCGUUCACAAUAUCUUGUUGGCUCAUGCAUCAGCUGCAAGAUUGUACAAGAAAAAGUAUCAAGGAAAGCAGCAUGGGUUCAUAGGUAUUAGCAUCUAUACAACUGGCAAUUUUCCUCUAACAAAUUCAGUAGAGGAUGCCAUUGCAACUCAAAGAGCCAAUGACUUCUUUGUUGGUUGGAUUGUAAACCCCUUGGUGUUUGGAGAUUAUCCUGACACGAUGAAGAAAAUUGCAGGCUCCAGAAUUCCUACCUUUACCAAUCAUGAAUCUGAACUGGUUAGGGGUUCUUUUGAUUUCCUAGGGGUGAUUCAUUACAGCUCAUAUUAUGUGGAAGAUGACCCUGGAAGUUGGGAAUUGAAGCAAAGAGACUAUAACACAGAUUUAGCUGUAAAGAUAUCCAAUAUAGGGAAUGCUUCAUUGACUUACGAGUUGUCCAUACUGCCUUGGGGCUUGCAAGCAGUGCUGGAGUAUUUCAAGCAAGUUUAUGAAAAUCCCCCUAUUUACAUUCUUGAAAAUGGUCAGAGAAACAGGCGUAAUUCAACACUGGAAGACACCUCGAGGGUAAACUAUUUGCAUGCCUACAUUGGAAGUGUUCUUGAUGCUGUGAGGAAUGGAUCAAAUACAAGAGGGUACUUUGUAUGGUCCUUCCUGGAUGUAUUUGAGUUGCUGGAUGGCUAUGAAUCAGGCUACGGCUUCUACUACGUAGAUUUGGACGACCCCGAUUUGAAAAGAUACCCUAAGCUUUCCGCGCAUUGGUAUUCCCAUUUUCUCAGGGGAGGAAGCAUCAGUUCAGAUGUACUAAUCCAGCUCAAGCAAAGCUUCUUUGCUCUUUCGCAGGGCCGUUUCUCCCAACAAGAGACUCGCUUAAUUCUUAUAUUUGCGCCAGCCUUUGUCUUCUGUUCUGGAGUUCUGUCCAACAUAACCCUCCUUUAG